GAGUAUUGUUCGGUUCAGAGAUAUGUCCGAAGAUAAUUCUCAUAGCAGGGAAUAUGUCUUGGAAGCAGACUCCGAGCUACGUUUUGAAAUCGAGCAAAAAGAUGCCAAGGUUCUUGUUACGCUCGUCACAGGUUUUGCAGAGCUUUUUGGCACCGAACUGGUGAAAAAAAAGAAAUAUGAGUUCGGUGUUGGCGCCAAAGUGGCUACCUACCAAGGCUGCGUGCUGCACGUGUCAGGCAAAAUGGAUGUGUGCUAUAUCUCAAAAGAGACACCAAUGGUACAAUAUAUAAACUGCCAUGCAGCAUUGGAGCAGUUUCGCAUCGAAGCCGAAGAACGGGACAAGCGCGGCCCUGUUGUAUUGAUCGUAGGGCCUAUGGACGUUGGAAAGAGCACACUGUGCCGCAUUCUGUUAAACUAUGCAGUACGCGUAGGCAGGCGACCACUUUACGCAGAUCUUGAUGUGGGCCAAGGUGCCAUCUCCAUUUCCGGCAAUGUUGCCACUAUCCUUAUUGAACGACCAGCCAGCGUUGAGGAAGGAUUUACAAAGACAGCGCCACUAGUUUAUCAUUUUGGUCACAAGUCCCCUGGUGCUAAUAACGUGCUUUACAAUGCUGUCGUCUCGAAAAUGGCUGAAGUAACACUGCAGAGUCUGGAUGCCAAUAAACGAAGUAUGUUUAACCGCAUUUACUCUAGAAAUUUGAAAUAUAUGACCAUAUUUUUGUGUAUAUUCGUAUUGGAGCGUUUGUAUAAUGAUUUACUGCGCGAUGUGCCUUCAAACGUCCAUGUUGUCCUCUUGCCAAAAAGUGGCGGCGUAGUGGAACGCAGUAAAGAAUUGCGCCACGAAUCCCGCGAGCAGCGAGUCAAGGAAUAUUUUUAUGAUAAUACACGUACACCAUUUUUAUUCUAAAGCACCGAGGUGGACAUGGA